CCCCGCUGAGCCUGGGGCCUCAUUUCCCUGCAAGUUUGUAGCGAACCACAAAGCACUUGGAGCAGCUGAUUGGGAAGCAUUUGACUGCCCUGUCCCUCUCCUGAACCCUGGCCUCAGCCUUGACCCCCCCCUCCCCCUGGGGUCUCCCUGGCCUGUGGCAGGUGGAGAAUUGCUCCCCACCCCCAGCUCUGACUGCUCACCAUGGUCGUUUCCCUUCUCCCUGCCCCCCUCUGGGUGCAAGCACCUGCUCCCACGCAGCACCUGCUCUGUGCAAAGCCACACGGCCCAGGUUCGUUCCCCCCGUGCUGACCAGCCUCUCCUCCUGCAGCUGCUGAGCGGAGCCCCAUGGCCUCCCGCCUCCUGCACCGCCUGCGGCACGCCCUGGCUGGAGAGGGCGACCGGGAGGGACAGGGCGGAGGCGGCUCAGAGGUGGAGGAAUUCCCAGAGAGCUCCGAACUGGAGGAUGACACUGACAGGCUGUCCACACGGCUUAGCGGCACCCUGAGCUUCACCAGUAACGAGGAGGAGGAGGAGGCAGAGGAGAAUGAGGAUGAUUCCGCUAGCCAGGAGCUGGGGGAUCUGUGUGAGCUGGGGCUGCCCAAGAACCCUGGAGAUCCAAGCCCUGCUCCAGCUGAGCGCCAGGGCAGUAAUCUACUGACACGCCAGCUCCAGGACUUGUGGAGGAGAUCACGCAGCAGCCUCGUUCCCCAGCGGCUGCUCUUCGAGGUCACCAGCGCCAGCGUCGUCAGUGAGCGCUCCUCCAAAUAUGUGCUCUACACCAUCUACCUGAUCCGCUCCGGCCAGUUUGACAAGGCCCCUGCUGCCAUUGCCCGGCGCUACUCGGACUUUGAGAGACUGAACCGGCGCCUGCGCCUCCAGUUUGGCUGCGACAUGGCGGGCGUCUCCUUCCCCAGGAAGAGGCUGCGCAGGAACUUCACGGCAGAAACCAUCGCCAAGCGGAGCCGGGCCUUUGAGCAGUUCCUGUCCCACCUGCACUCCAUCACCGAGAUCCGCCGCUCCUCUGACUUUCUGGAGUUCUUCUUCCUGCGCGACCUGCAGGCAGCCCAGCGCCUCACCUGCACCGGCUUGUACCGCGAGGCCCUGGCCAGCUGGAGCAAUGCCUACCGGCUCCAGGACAGGCUGGGCGUCUGCAACUCGGGCCGCUUCCUCCUCACGCUGGCCGGCCUGGUGGUUUGUCAUCAGGAGCUGGACGAGCUGAGUGAGGCUCAUCGCUCCUGCGAGCAGGCUCUGCAGCUCCUGGAGGCCCAAGACAGCCACCCCUUGCUGGAGCCUUUCCUUCAGGCCCACGUCCAUCUGUCCUGGAAGGUGGGGAAAGAUAAGCGCCAGUCGGAGGCCAGGCUGCAGGGGCUGCUGGGGGUGGGGGUGGCUCUGCAGCAGCAGCCCACCCUAAAGGAGUUCUUGAUCAAGGAGGCUUUGGACUGAGUGCCCAGGCUGUGGGGGGAUGGAGCAGUGUGGGGCUCAAGGAAGGAGACUGCACUGUUCAUUGGAAGAGCAGCAGCUGUAGGUCAAGGCUGGGGGGUGUCUUGAGCCUGGCCUAGGGUGGUAGAGGGGGAGUUGCAGGUUGGGCUCAGCGUGGAGUGGCAGGGCUGUGUCUGGAAGGUGCAGUGGGGAGAGCAGGAUCCUGGUGGAGGGGUGGGGCGGGGUGGGGCCCUGGACUGGCCCAGCACCUGCCUGUCCUGGGAGCUGGUCUCUGCACUGCUGACCUGUGCUCUUGGAAACGGCUCGUCCCCCCGUGCCGGGCGCGCAGCCUCCUUGGAUCCAGGCUGACUCCCCUCUGCCUUUAGGGGAGGGAGCCGCUGGAACGAGCCGGGCCAUACUGAUACUGUACUAAAGGGAUUCGCUGGCUCCAGGCAGAGUCUGGGGCUCUCCUUGGGAACUUUUAAUACUUGAAGACUUGGGAGGAAAAGGGGCCGAGACUCCCCAGAGCAUGUUCAGAUUAGCCCUCCCUGGCCCUACGGCAAGGAGAGAGCUCUCAAGCCUUUCAGCAACAACCCUAGGGGCUAGGGCAGCAGUGGGGGGUGGGAGGAGAGAUCCCCAGACCCACCCCCCGCCUUGUGCUUUGUCUGAGAUGAGGAGGGAGACAGUCCUUCUCACCCUCCCCCUCUGCCAGGCCUUGCCCUGCUAGGCUUCUGGGACUCCCCUGGGGCCUCUCAAAGCCUGCCCCUCCUGGGCCUACGGGGAGAGCAGGAGCUGCAGCUGAGCAGGCAGGGCAGGAGAACUGAGAAAGGGAAGCUGCAAGGGCUCUGCAGCAGCUUUCUUCCCUGGCACAGCCUGAGCUUCAGCCCGCUUGGCUCUCCUCAGAGCCCCUCUGGGUCUCCACCCUCCUCCACUCCCACUGGGGGCUCCCUUCUGAGUAAGUCGUAGCCACAGCAGGGCGCUGCUGCAGAGCAGAGCUAUAAAAGCCAUGGAGGCUGGGAUGAGUCUUGAUGGGCCAUGGAGGCUUUAUUAGAGGUGGGGGGGAGGUUGAGGACAGCAUCUGACAGGACACUCUGUAACUAACAGUCAAUAAAACUGCUAUUCCCGCGG